GAACCAAACAAUAUUCAUUUUCCGGCAAACACAUGAAUAAGCACAAGGAUCGAGUCGGCCUUAUAGCACUCAUAUCCCUCUUCUUGUUCGUCGGUUUACUCUAUGUCUUCGUCGCCUUCCCCACCUCCUUUAAGCCACUCUUGUCCGUACAAUAUAACCAAUGUCAACCCUCUAAAACCGGCGAUGAUGCACUGGAGGUAGCUUUGUCGGAGGCUUCCAUGGAGGACAGGACAGUAAUAAUCACCAUUGUGAACAAGGCUUACGUGGAGGGAGACAAGCCGAUGCUUGACAUGUUUUUGGAUAGUUUUUGGGUCGGGGAAGAUACGCGGGAAUUGGUAGAUCACCUUCUAUUAGUUGCGAUGGAUCCGACGUCGUUCGAACACUGCAAAUUUCUUCGGCUUCAUUGCUACAUGCUUGAAAUGGAGGACGACAUGGAUUCCAAGGCUGAGAAGCUCUACAUGUCCGAUAAUUUUAUCAAGAUGAUGUGGAGGAGAACACUCUUUCUGGGAGACGUACUAAAGCGAGGCUACAGUUUCAUUUUCACGGACACUGAUGUGAUGUGGCUUAGGAAUCCAUUUCCAAGGCUGAGCCAAAAUGGAACCAUUGAUCUUGAAAUCAGCACAGAUGUUUUCAACGGUGAUGAAGGGUCAGAAGCCAACCCCAUGAACACCGGGUUCUACAUGAUCAGAUCCAACAACAAGACCAUCUCAUUAUUUGAUGCAUGGUACGCCCGGAAAGAUAACUCUACGGGAUUAAAUGAUCAAUUGAUUUUAGGAAAUAUGAUGCGUGGAGGUGUGUUAAGAGACAUAGGCCUCACUGUAAGAUUCCUGGACACCAAAUACUUCACUGGCUUCUGUCAAGACACCAAAGACUUCAAAGCUCUCACAACCGUCCAUGCCAAUUGCUGUCGUACUAUUCGUGCCAAGCUGGCGGAUCUGUCUGCUCUCAUUCAUGAUUGGAAGAUGUUCAAGAGGACAUCUACCAACGAUAGUUUGACAUCUGGAUUGUCAACGUUGAUGCAUGUGGCAUGUACGGACUCAUGGAUUGGGCACAAAUGGUGA